AUGACAUUUGAAGAAUUUCUAAAAUUGUUAUUCCCUAAGUUUCCUGAAUUUCGAUUAGUUACUGAAAGAUAUAGAUUAUUGUAACAUGCCUUGGAAGUUUUAUUCACAUUUUAUGAAGGUGAAUUUGUGAGUGUAAUCAAAGCUGCUAACAAUUCUGCAGCUAAAUUACUUAAUAUAUUAAUAACCUAAUUUCUAGGAUUUUAGGAUCAUGAGAUAAAUAAAUCUUUUUUUUAAUAAACGAUCAUAAAUUGUAAAGGAGAUAUUUAUGCUGCAUUAAAAGGUUUAGUAAAUUUAAUGAUAUUGAAAUCUUAACAAUAUUUCCAGAUUAUAGAGUUCCAUAAACUUUAAAUCAAUUAAAUGUUUUACAAUAUAAUGAAGAAUUGACAAAUAAGAUAAAAAAUUAAGUUAAUACCUCAUGGAUUAGAAUGUGAAAUUGAAAUUAGAGCUAACAGUAUAAUACCAGUAGAAUUGAUAAAGGAGGAAUUUAAGAAAUUAGGAUAAAAAUUAAAUAGUAUAGAAGUCGAUUGGAUACUAUGGUAAAUUGUUGAAGAAUAAUGA